CCUUACAAACAUCUAAAAAAUUUACAAUGGUAGAAGGUCCUGAGAGGAACAUUUGAUUCUUCUUUCUCUCUCAACAGGGCAUCUAAAAUUAUCACAGGAAGAGAGAGAGAGAGAGAGAGAGAGAGAGAGGCACAAUAUAGGUGGAACAGAGAAAGGGAGAAUGGGACUUCCAUCAUUCCUUGUAUUUCAUUCAAGAUUGUCUUGUUUGUGACUGAGUCUUCCUUUGGUGUAAGUGAUUUCCAACACUGCAGUAUUUCAUACCAUGUGUGUUAAUCAAAGAAAGCCAGUAUUACUUUCACAUAUUUCUUGGGGCAGAUAUGGAGACAAAAACCCUCAACUGCAAGUUUUUAGGACAUAGGUCUCAUUUAAAUUUGGGACUAGUUGAAUACAAAAAAGGAGUUUCUCCAACUCCCCGAGUACUAUCACUUCUCUCCUCACUUCUCGAAAGAACCAUUCAGAAGAACGAAAGAUCAUUCAAGGCAUCGGGUGGGAGAGAUGUCAUCACCAUCUUUAAUGGUUCUACAGCACCUGGGUUGAGUAUUGGGCAAUACAUCGAGCGCAUAUUCAAGUACUCAAGUUGCAGCCCUUCCUGUUUUGUUGUUGCCUAUAUAUACCUUGGUCGGUUUCUUCAAGAGAGAAAUGUCCGGUUAACUUCACUCAAUGCUCACCGGCUACUAAUUACUAGUGUUAUGUUAGCUGCAAAGUUUCUUGAUGAUGAAUGUUACAACAACAAGUAUUAUGCGAAAGUGGGAGGAGUGAGCACAGCAGAGAUGAACAAUUUGGAGGUGAAGUUUAUGUUUGAUAUACACUUCAGAUUACAUGUAACUCUUGAGACUUUCAACAGCUACUGUUUGUUACUAGAAAGCUACAAUAAAGGUCGCGAUUGAACGACAACCGAUUUAAGCUCCAUCUGUGGAUGGACUGAAAGAGCAGAACCCAACUGAACUGUGCACCCAACCACCAUUGCAGGGUACAUUUGUAGAGCCCAGAAUGUGGUAAAACCCCCUCUAAAAUUGUGAUGUUAGAUCAUUGUAUGAUACAAAACAGGAUUGAAAAGAGAAAAAUCAUUUUGACAUUAUUAGCUUUGUAAAUUAUAAGAAUGUGAAGAGUUGCUUACUUGAACAAAAUGAAAUGACAAGAACAUGAUGAGUAUAGACA